GAUAAACUUGCAGAGGAUAAAAGUAAAGUGAGUCACCUGUUAGGGCUUGAUGGAGCUAAGGAAAGGCUGCAUCUAUUCGAAGCAGAGUUACUUGAAGAACAAUCAUUUGAUGCCGCCAUUGAUGGUUGUGAAGGUGUCUUUCAUACUGCAUCACCUCUUUCAUUCACUGCUAAAUCCAAGGAGGAACUUGUGGAGCCUGCUGUGGAAGGAACCCUAAAUGUCCUUCGAUCAUGUGCCAGAUCGCCAUCUGUGAGAAGAGUUGUGAUAACUUCUUCUACGGCUUCUAUGAUAUGUAAUCAAAAUCGUUAUAUUCCUGGAGCUGUAGCUGAUGAGACUUGGUAUUCAGAUACAGAAUUUUGCGAGAAAAGAAAGCAAUGGUACAAUCUGUCCAAGACCCUGGCUGAAGAAGCUGCUUGGGAAUUUGCAAAACAGAAUGGGAUUGACUUGAUUGCCCUUCAUCCAGUUCUAGUCACUGGUCCAUUUCUGCAGCCUACACUCAAUUUCUCUUCUGAGGCUAUGCUCAACUUCAUAACACAAGGAAAAGAAGCAUGGUCUGAUGGAGUAUAUAAAUUUGUCGAUGUUAGGGAUGUUGCUAAUGCACAUAUACUAGCAUUUGAGGUUCCUUCAGCAAAUGGAAGAUAUUGUUUAGUUGGGGCAAACGGAUACUCUUCUUCGCUUUUGAAGAUUCUACAAAAGCUUUACCCUUCCAUCACUAUCCCUGGGAACUUUGAAGAAAAUGGAUUGCCCCUUACCCCAGCCUUCCAAAUAUCGGGGGAAAGAGCAAAAACAAUAGGCGUCAAAUACACAUCUCUUGAAUUAAGCGUGAAGGACACUGUUGAAAGCUUAAUCCAGAAGGACUUCCUCAAAAUCUUACCCCAAAACUAGUCCUUCCUGCUUUGCUCUUGUACUAGUGUUAAAGGCUUAAAGUAGAACCUUUUUAUCCUCAAUAAGUGUGUCUAGUACAAAAGCUCUGUGAUGUAUCAGCACGAUGAUUUAUUCCUGUAUUAAAGACGAUGAUUAUCACCUAGUGAAAAUUCCUAUCUACUUAUCAGGCUAAAUGCACCAUUUUACGACACUAUCUGUUUUUAGUAUGUCCUAAAAGGAUUGAUAUGUACGUUCAUACGUUUGAAACUCCUGUUAAGUAUUUUAAUUAAAAGAUAGGCUUAAGUCA